UGUCGAGGCGACUACCUGCAGUCGAGGUGACUACCAUGGUUUUAUAUUCGUUUGACCAUGGCAGAAAUUUCCCAGUGCUUAACGAUUUGUUAAAUGUCGAUACAUGAAUCUGUGUUUGUAAUCAGCCGAUUAGUAAAAAAUCGAUUUGUAGGUCCCUAGUGUCUUUUGUUCCCUUGAAAAAUAAAAAAUUAUUAAUUUGAUCAAUUUUCGUUUAUAACGUUGUCGACAAAUUCUCAAAGAGAAAAGAAAAGCAAUACCAUAUUUGGCAAAAAGUGAGAGCGAGUUUGUGCAAAGACAAGCAUAUUAGACAAAUAGAAAUGGCCUUAACGGUUGGACAACUUAUUAUGGAUGCCCAGAGAAUGGCGAGUCGUGUAAAAGAAUUGGACGCCCUAAGUAGCGCCCUACUUGUUGAGGCCGAAGGCAAUAACCGUUAUGUGGAAAGUUUACGUCAGUACCAAGACGAGGUGGAUUCUUUGAAUCGCAUUGCAAACAAUAAGACCAACGUAGAAAUGGUCAAUCGCAUUCAACAGCAAAACGCCAACAGCUCAGAAAUUCUCAAGGAGAACCGUGAACUUAAAGUGUGCAUCGAGGAUUACGAAAGAGCAAUGGAUUUGAUAAUGCAAAAAUAUCGAGAACACACAAGCAGCAAAGUAUUGGAAAGUAAGCUUAAUUUCAAAGAAGUAUACAACGAAAAACUUUGGAAAAUUAUACGCGAUCAGAGGGAAAAGAUUAAUGAAAUGGCUGCGGUUAUGCAGAAAGCUGCUUCAAUAGAUGAUGAUUGUGACUUGGAGCUGAUAACCCGCUUGCGUUUAGAAAACAAGACCUUGCGAGAAUUGCUACAAAUCUCAAAGCAAUUUGGAACGUUUAGUCGACCCAUACGUUUUAAUGAACACUUGUUGGAAGAAAAGGGCGUGCAAACUGAUUACAGCGCUGAUGAUUCAGCCGACGAACUUUCCCUGUCUGGAGCUUCAAUCGAAAAUGCAAAUAACAACUCGGUCAUCCAACUGGACACUAGAUCAACUUCGCCGAAUUUGGCCACGAACUGCUCAAAUACAGAAAAUUUACCAACCGACAAUGCGGCAUUGCUCAAUUCACAUGGAAUUGGCGAUGUGGGUGAGAAUAAUAAUUUAACGCCUGCCGCGGAUUCCCUAAAUGCGUCAACUGCAACGUCUGCCGCUGGAUCUGCUUCCAGUGUGACAUCAACAGCGCCCACUGCUGAGGAGAAUAAAGCGCCAGCGCCCACUAAUACCAUUGACCAUAAUAAUCCGAACGCUUCUGUCGGUAUAGAAACAACAAUCAGUACUACCAACACCAUAACCAAAACUCAUCCCUCAAAUUCUAAUAGCUUGACCACUGCCAGUGCAACAUGAUGUUGUGUGUCCAGCAAUUAAAUUAUAUUCUUGGAUAGCACUUGAUUAAUCAACUAGCAUUAUUAAUCCAAUAUAAUUGUUGAAAUAUUUAAGUCUCUUUUAUUGUCAACAUCCGAUUAUUACUUUAGAACUGUGUGCAACCUAAACUAUCAUAAAUCAGCACGUCCGGCCCCCAUUACUUGUAAACUCAAAGGAAUAUUAUAUUUAAAGGAAGAUUUACAAAUAAUUUUUAUACUCAAUCUAAUUGUUUUUUAAACAAAGAAUCAUUCACUCAACACUCUCUUUAACCAAUCUAAGCCACCUUUCCAUUUUGUACACUCGUCUCACGCCAUUAACAAUUCCCACAUCAUCACCACCAUAUAGGUAUAUAACGUCUAUAAAUACACAUUUUCCAUUUAUUUAAUUUAAUAAAGCGAAUCCAACCAACAUUGAUAUUGACGGAUUAUGUACAUACAAAUAGGUAUAUGUGUGUGUAUGUGAAAAGCUAUAAAUACUAGAGAAGGCAAGACGGCAGCACUGUUGACAGGCGCCGGAUAGGUUCUCCAUAAUUUCCAGUCCGCCCUCUGUUUCUGGAGUGGAACUCAAAAGUCAAACUUUAAUUAAUUACAAAAUUUAUAAAAAAAAUGUAAUAUUAGAGGUACACAGACAGCAUUGAAUUACGUGCAAAUGUUCAUUGUAAUGAAUAAUUGAAACAACAAUUGCAUUUGCAAGCAGUUGAGAGCAUUACCAACAACAUUCUUAUAUCACAAACAUAGAUAAACCUAAGAAUGUAUGUACUAUAUUUAAAAGAAAAUAAAUCCAUAUAUACAUUAUAUACUAAA